CCAGGGCCUUGGGCUUUAAGAGCACUGGAAUGAAACUGAAGAAAGGCUCGUUUCUGUGGUACCUCUAUCUGGACAAACUAUACUGCUUGUUAUCCGUGAGGAACGUGAAGGCCUUGGUGGAUUACUUUCACCUUCUGGACGUGCACCACAAGAAUACCUUGAAUGAUGUGCUGUUCUAUCACUUCCUUCACCACGUGACUAACUUGACACGGACGCAGAUCAACAUUGUGUUUAAUAUGCUGGACUGGAGUGCUGUGGGCGAGAUUGGUUUUGACCAGUUCUACAUGCUGGUCUGCAUACUGCUGGCACAAGAGAACCGCCUGGAAGAGCGAUUUAUCUUCCGCCACUCCCGGCCCGUGUUUGAGCUGCUCGACGUGGACGGGGAGCUGAGGGUUGGCGCAGCCAACUUCCACAUGUACAACUUUCUCUUCAAUAUCAAAAGACAGGAACUCAGAGAGCUCUACCAUGACUUUGACAUCACAGGUGACCGUCGUCUUAAUUACAAGGAAUUUAAGCUGUUUACCAUCUUCUUCAUGGACAAAUACCAGGAGAGGCAGAAAGCAGAGAAAGAGAAAGCUCUGCUCGAAAAGAAAAGGUCACGUCAAGUUAACGUCAGCCAAAAGAAGAGUCUUCUUGGACUAAAUGGAUCUGAAAGUAGAAUAUAAGUAAUUACAACUGUUAACAUGUCUAAAAAUAAAUCUAGAACAUCAAAGUGGAUCUCUCUAC